AUGUCUUCUUCGCUCUCUCUGUUCGGGUUUGGAGUCACGGCGGAGGAUUUCACGAUGUCUCGCUCUGAAACGUUGUUGUCUUUGUCUUCUUCUUCUUCUCGUCGUCGACGUCGCUUAGAAUCAGACGAUGUAGAAGAAGAAGAAGAAGAAGAAGAAGAAGAAAAAGAAGCAAACGACGACGACGACGAGAGAGGAAGAAACGGAGGAAGAGGAGGAAAAGAAAGGAUGGCAUCGUCGUCCACGCUCUCGCUUUCAACCGCGACCAAACACAUAUUCUCCAUCGGUUGGCCGACGUGUUUGCAAAACGUUUCCGCCGCCGUGGCGUCUCUCUUCGCCGUGAGCUUGAUUUCGCACCACGAAGAUACAACCUGCGUGGCCGCGUACGGUUUAGGAACGAGUUUAUGUUCAGUCACCGGGCAUUGCUUUUUAUGGGGAAUCGGAGGCGCGUUGGAUACGCUUUCCAGUCAAUCGUUUGGGAUGAAGAAACGGAGGAGAGUCGGGGAGUUAUUUUGGCGAGCGGUGGCGAUAUUGGUGUGCACGUGUUGGUUGCCGGCGAUGAUUGUUUGGUCGUUCGCGGAGGAGAUUUUAUGUUUCAUGAAGUUUCCGAAAGACGUGGCAAAGUUGGUGGAAGUGUACGCGAUGGCGUACGCGCCUGGGUUGUUGGCGCAGUGUUUCUCGUGCGCGUGUUUGAAAACGUUGUUGGCGUGUAAGAAAUCAAACACGGUGGCGAAAAUUAGCGUCGUGAGCAGUCCGAUGACGAUGUUGUUGACGUACGCGUGCAUUGCAAAAAUGAAGUUUGGUUUCGUCGGCGCGCCGUUAGCGCUGACUUUAGUCGACGUCUUUAAAGCCGCGUGUUAUUGUCUCUCGACGUUUGUCUUGGACGAGGACGUGAAGAAAUGUUUCGUUCUUCGUCGUCAAAGCGAGAAUAGCAGUCGUCGUCGUCGUCGUGGCGCCGUCGCGCAGUUCGGGAAAGCCGCGUUUUCGAAAUGGACGACGUUUUUCAAGAUUGCGCUUCCAAAUUUGGUUUUAUCCAUAUUCGAAUGGUGGGCCUGGGAUCUCAUGAAUCUCUUGACGGGACAACUUCCAAACGCGAAGGACGCUUUGGCGGCGCAAACGAUCCAGACGAAUUCCAUGAUUGUCGUGUAUAACAUCGCCGGGUGCGUCCAACGCGGCGCAUCGAGUUGCGUAGGAAACGCGUUAGGAGCUAAAAAAGCGAAAGAGGCGAAAAUAUACGCCACGGCUUCGUUUAUCAGCGCCUUUUCAGGAACGCUUUUGAUUUCCUCUCUUUAUUACGCGUUUGGUUUCGAGUGCAUGAACGCUCUUUACUCGAACGACCACGAUCCUUCCGCGCGCAUAAUCUUGGACAAUUACGUCAAGCCUUUGACGAAUUUAGUCUCCUUGUUUAUGCUUUUGGAUGGUGUGCAAGUGGGUUCAGCGGGUGUCGUUACUGGCGCUGGUUUUCAAUCGAAGACGAUGCCCGCUUUGUUCGUCUCGUAUUGGAUGCUCGCGCUUCCCGUCGGCGUGUAUUUAGCGUUUCAACGGAAAAUGUCUCUAGUGGGAUUAUGGAUCGGGAUGUCGAUCGGCGUUUUCUUCCACGCGUUUUGGGUACUCUUCGUCGUGUUUGGUGGUGAAAUGUUUCCAAACUUUAAAAACUCGCAGUGGACGAUUGAUUGGCCCGAGGCGGUCUCUCGCGCCGAGCUCGCCGUGGAGCGAGACGAGGAAGAAAAAGACGAUUCGUUUUUCGAGGAGGAGGAGGAGGAGGAGGAAGAAGAAGAAGAUGAUUUAGAAGAAGAAAAAGAAGAACAAGAACGAGAACGAGAAGGAGAUUAUUCAGGAGGAGAAAAUAUAGGCGACGACGUCGAAGAAGCUCUUCUGCGUCGUCAUAGCAAUAUAUAG